AUGGUCGACGUUGUGGAUCAUCCAGAGUAUAUCUGCUUCGUGAUGGAGCUGGCAAGCGGAGGAGAGUUGCGACGGUUCGUUGAAAGGCACGGCCCUCUUGAUGAGAACAGGGAGAGUGUGGGGAACGACCCCUUCAAGAUCGACGUGUGGUCCCUUGGCGUCAUCCUUUAUGCCCUGACUCACGGCAAACUACCAUUCGAACGCCCUGCGAAGGAGGUCUGCAAGAGACUUGAGCGACUGUCUGCUACAGGAGUUCUAGACGUAUCUUUUUCUUUCUUCUCGAGGUGGGCCCUGAUUCAAGGCCGAUGCAAGUCCACCACUGCGAAGCCUCAUCCGGAGGAUGCUCACGCCUAA